AUGGCUAACCGCGGCGCAACAUGGGACCCCGAUGUCCAUACCAUCCGUGAUCUGAUGGAGUUGGGCAGCAAGAAGCUCCCCAAGAUGUACAGGGAUUACUACAAUGAGGGCGCAAUGGAUCUCGUAACACUGAAGGAUAACGAGGAGGCAUACAACCGAUACAAGAUCAUGCCGCGUAUUCUCGUCAAUGUCGACAAUAUCGACAUGUCUACCUCGAUCUUUGGAGCUAAGGUUUCAUUUCCAUUGGGCUUCAGCCCGGCUGCGAUGCACAAGAUGGCACACCCAGAUGGCGAACUUGGCACGUCGCGUGCGGCAGCAAACAUGAAUGUUUGCAUGGCACUUUCUUCCUAUGCCACCGAGUCGAUGGAGAACGUGGCAGCCGAAGGCGCUGGAAACCCAUAUGUCAUGCAGCUGUGUGUGCUCAGAGACCGAGAGACCACUUUGCAAAUUCUGAAGAGGGCUGAGGCAUCUGGAUACAAGGCCAUCUUCCUGUCUGUCGAUACCCCGCUGCUGGGCCGCCGAUUGAAUGAGUACCGAAACAACUUCUGUCUACCCGACGGCAUCGAGUGGCCCAACCUCUUGUCCGAUGGAAAGAGCGAACUGAGCGGCAACGAGAAGGAUGGCCAGUCUUCAAACCGACACGACUUUGACCCUUCGCUGGACUGGGACUCGGCUAUUCCCUGGCUCAAGAAGCACACUAAGCUUCAGCUAUGGCUGAAGGGUGUUUACACUCCCGACGACGUAGCUCUCGCAAUCAGACACGGCCUCGACGGUGUCAUCAUCUCGAACCACGGUGGCAGGCAGCUAGAUGGAGUGCCUGCCACGUUAGAUGCUUUGCGCAUCUGCGCACCUGUAGCGGCUGGAAAGCUUCCUAUCGCUGUUGAUGGCGGUAUACGCCGUGGUACUGACAUCUUUAAGGCUCUUGCCCUUGGCGCGUCACAUUGCUUUGUGGGAAGAAUUCCCAUUUGGGGUCUGGCGUACAAUGGGCAGGAGGGCGUUGAGCUGGCGCUUAAGAUCCUCCAGUACGAGCUCAAGGUUGCCAUGGCUCUUGCAGGAACCCGAACCAUUGCUGAAAUCUCGAGGGGUCAUGUGGCAUAUCUAAACGGAAGCGGUGUUUUGGCGAAGCUUUAG